UCUGAAUCUGAGUGGUGUGAGUUUACCCCCUAUGAGGUAGGCAUCCAGAAGUAUGGGGCAUUUGUCAAAACUGAGGACUUCGGGAGUCACUUCUUUCUCGGCCAUUUGGUCAAGAAACUCCCAGAAGUCCGCAUCCCUUAUCUGAUCGGAAUAUGGAGCAGUGCUGUUUCUGUCAGCAUGACCGAGAUAUUGUCGAAUGCGGGGUUCAAGCCUACUUGGAGCUCCUGGCUCAGCCCAGAAGCCGACAUAGACGAUGACACUGAAUCAUCAAAUCAGGACACAUACGUCAUAAAUCCAACCACAGAUAUCGCCAGCGAUGUGACUGAUUUCUUCAGAACACGUCCAGUCAUUGCUGAAAUGUACAAUUUCAUCCGCGGACUCUUCAUGCACGAGGACUACAAUCAACAGAGCAACUUUGUUGCCUGGAAAAAAACACAUCCAGAUGCCUUCCCAAACCAACUGACACCCAGUGACCCCACUCUGUGCCUGAUUGAUUCUGGUCAUUCCAUCAAUAUUGCCUGUGUGCCUGUCCUGCGGCCAGAGAGAGAUGUGGAUCUCAUCAUAUCUCUGAGUUGCUCGUGGGAGCCAGAGCACAUCUUCAAUGUCCUGUCGAAGACAGCUGCUUACUGUAAAGACCAUAACAUCCCCUUUCCCAAUGCUGACUUUGCCAGUCUGGAAAAGGAGCCUCAAAAGGAGUUCUACAUCUUCGAGGAUAAGGAGAAUCCCAAGGCCCCGAUAGUGGUUCAUUUACCACUUGUCAAUGUCACGUACAAACACUUCAAACGCCCUGGCGUGAAGCGUGAGACGGAGGAAGAAAUAAGAGCUGGGAAGGUGGAUGUAAGCAGCAGCAGCUCUCCAUACAUCACUAAACACCUGACCUACUCAAAAGAGGAUUAUGAGGCUCUGGUGGAUCUGAGCUCUUAUAACAUAUUAAACAACAAGGAGAGCAUCCUUGCGGCUUUGUGUAAGGCCCAAGAGAGGAGCGCAUCCAAGUGAAAGAAGUAAAGGAUAAGAUUUAUCAAGCUUCUUUUUACAGAAACAGGUUUAUCUAUGUUGCCUCGACAAGUCACUGAUGUUUAUUCCCACACCUCUAUAUUAAAGCUACAGUAAUUAGGGCACAGGAUAUUUACUCAACAACAUUAUAAACUACUGUUUAAUAUAAGGUAUAAGGUUAAUAUAAGGUAUAAUUGUGUGUGCAGAGUUGUUGCUGUUGGUGCUGGUAUUUAAUGAUCUACUGUUUCUUGUGUUGCUUGACUAAAUGCAGAGCUUAGACUGGAUAAGGAGACACAGAGUGAAAGUGUUUACUUUCUCUCCCCAUAGAUGGCAGUAUGAGUGUAGUGAAAUCAUAGAUUUAGAUAUAUGCCUGUGUCUUUGCUAAAUAUCUAGCUUAUACAGAUUACUUUUAUGCUGUUUAUUUCAUUUGGUAUUGGAUGUUUAUGGUUUAUUUGCCACCUAGUUAUGUAGAGCAUGUAUUUACUUUAUUGCUAUAUAAUUUCAGAACCACACAUAUCUACAUGGAAGAAUUAGAAUGUGUUGAUUGUUUGGCAAUAAAUAAUUGAAAAAUA